AUGGCGACGUCGGGACGACGCUACGCCAAAGAGAACACAGUGAAGGUAACUAAUGUUGACAUUAAAAAUGUUAGUAUGAUUGAUUUUAUCGAAGCAGUAGAGAGUAGUAUCGGAGAAGGUUCGUGCUUUGCAUGUGUCCCUCGUCCCCCCAGCAGCAUAGAAAUAACUGUAGACUCUGAAGUAAAUGCAAUUAAAUUAUGCGAAGAAGGAUUAGAUAUCAAUAAUGAUAAGUACUCCGUUGAGUUAUGCUUCUCUAAAAACACAGUAGUAUCGAUCUUCAACCUCCCCAGUCAUAUCGACGACGUAGUAAUUACGGAAAAACUAGAACAGUAUAAAAUUGAAAUUGUCGAUAAUGUAGUCAGACAUUAUUAUAAACAGAGGCCCGAUGUUGCUGACGGCACACGCCACGUAAAGUGCAAGUUCCCACCCAAUUUCCAUUCGCUCCCGUGGGCGAUGCAAUUCGACACUCCUGAUGGCCCACAGACUUUCAAAGUUUUACACAAUAAUCAAAGCAAAGUUUGCUUUAAGUGUCUAUCUCCUGACCAUGAAAAGAAAGCCUGCCCUAAGAUUCAGUGCCGAAAAUGUAAAGUAUAUGGUCACAUGGCUUUUAAUUGUGAAACU